AAAAAAAAAGUCAAUGGGCAUCUGAUGGUCGCACUAUCAAUUAUAAUGCACGUUCUUAGUUGGCGUGAUUUACUCGCAUUGAGUCUUAAGUAGCUCCCUGGUACCUAAGACACCGGUGCUAACCGAAAUCUCCGAAAUCUCCGCAGGCAUUUACUACAUUGUCCGAUAGACAGCAUGGUACGUGAACCAUCGAUACGAAAACCUGGUGGCGAUCUUCUUGUUUGAGGGGGCAUUUUUAAAAUAAGAUUUGUCAUCCGAAUACCUAUCGGGAUGUAAGUAUUUUUCCGGCGAGGACCCCUUUAGUUGAUGCAAGCCAAGGAGUGUAAAUAUUACCACAACACUCUAACAAUCUACUGAAAAAAGGAGUUAAUCUUACUAGGAAAGCAUAAAGAAGACUCUUUAAGAAAGACAAAUAGAAAGAAUUCUCGCUAAUAAUGCUAUGCUCUUGAUUUCUCGCUUUCUUCUCCAACAAUGCAUAUUACACUGUUCUUUCAGGACCAACCUUUGUAAGAUUCGUAGUUUAUACAUAAUGAGCCUCGAGUCUCAGAAUAUUCACAAUGGCCAUUGCACUCCACAGCAUCCUAUAAAAUAUAUAUCUAGCAAACAUCUACUGUUUGCAGUGUUCUUCAAGAUUAUCAAUUUUACUCAACAGCUUGAGAGGCCUCGCCGCUAAAAUAUAAGGUAUAUUAUAUAUAUUAAACACGCUCCAUCGAUAUCAUAACCCACCAUGUCCGCCUUCGACAUCGUCAACGCCCUCCACGCCGAGGCCCUACGAACCAUCCGCCCGAUCGGUCGUGACCCGACUCGCGCGGAGCAGUGCUCCGCUCUCGAGCUCGCGGACAGAGCGAUCGAGAUCGCGCUCGAAGCCGGCUUCGACGGGUCCGCGAUAGAGGCAUGUCGAGAUGUCCAGAAGCUCUGCUACGAGCCCCUGCUGCGCGCCUACAGCUGGGUGGACAACCACGAACGACGGGUGUACCAGAAGAACUCGUCGAGAACGCCUGUGGAGCACAAGCGCUCGGCCAGGCUGUACGAUGUCGAUAAGGGCGAGCAUGUCAUCGAGGCCCUCGAAGCUGUGCAUAUCGGGAAUAUGCUGAGUAACCGUGAGUCUGUUGAUCCGAAUGCGUGGAGCCGCAAGAUUCGAUGGGUUGAUGAGGUCAGGGACCAGCCGAUCCGUACGCUAGCUCAUUAAUAGAAUGGUAGUGUGUAGGCGUGCUUAUAAGCAUGAAGCUUGGAGCUUGUUGCUUGGGAGUGCCGACAGAUUCUUCGUUCAGGCUGAUACUAGGUACACAUCUUUUUACAUAGUAAUUAUUUUCUCAAAGACACAUGCAUAGGUACCUACUACCUCUUAGUGAAAUCUCGACUAAUUCCAGAUUGAGUACUUAUCACUUAGAGCCCCUAUUCCAAGGUCCAGUCCAGAUGUUGCCCUAACGUGACAUAUAUGUGGUAUCGUACUAUCCAAGCCUCCGUCUAAUAUGUUCCUAAUCAUCACCCCUGAGCCCAUUGCAUCGCAUCUAUCAACAAGAGCUAUAGUGGCUAACCAGCUAAAUAAGGAUACGACAGAGCCUCACGAUUGAGUCAACGUCGGACGAAUCUUAGCCCGCUGUCUUCAAAAUUUGGUCGAGAUCCGGCCCCUCGCCAAUGGGAA